AUGGAGAAACUCAGCCCCGAAAUCGUCCGCGAAAUCCUCUGUCACUUUGACUGCAAAGCCGACCUUGCCAACUUCCGUCUCGUCCAGCGCUCUCUCGCUCAGCUUUCCACUGAGUUCCUCUUCCGCACAGUGCCCCUGAAACCAACUAAGCUCAGUGUCUCCCGCCUUGUCGCGAUCGCACAGCGACCCCACCUAGCCCGCCAUGUGAAGAGCCUGAUCUACGGCAUCGAGGAGCCAAAUUACAUGAUCUGGGAAGAGUUCAACUCGCAGCUCCGUCUCGAGAACACCCCCCACGACGAAUCCGAAGACGCCCGAGCCCAGGAGAUCUUCAAGUCAACCAUCGACGGCUGGUACGACUUCCAGACGUCGCCCGACCACACCCAGAUGAUGGCCACCGCCUUCGCCGCGCUGCCCCGGCUCGAGGCAAUCCAGAUGGUCCACGGCGCGCCCAUGGCCCGCGAGCGCCAGUACACAUACCGCGAGAUCGACUACUACGAGUUCGAGAUGCGCGACAAGUUCCACGGCGAGCACGGCCUCGAGAAGGACUACCUCCGCGGCUUCGCGGCGCUGAUUGACGCCGCAUAUGCAGCGGGCACGCGGCUCACGUCCUUCAAGAUGACGGGCAUGAACACGGACGAGAUUGUGCACGAGGCCGUGUUUGAGGACGCUGAGCUCCUGGCGCGCGCGGCGGCCGUGCUGAAGGGCUGCCGCGUGAUGGAGCUGUAUCUGGGCAUCGACUCGCAGGAGGCGAUCGAUAACAUGAAGAGCAGCGCGCUGCUCAACGUGUUGGCGCCGGCCGAGCAGCUCGAGGAGCUGUGCUUGGGCUUUGGGAACACGGUGCCGGCGGACUCGUUCCUGUUUCCGCACAUCUUUGGCGAGGAGCAGGUGUGGCCGGCGCUGCGCAAGGUGGAGCUGUGGACCGUCGAGAUGCAUGAGUACGAGCUGAUCUCGUUCCUGGAGCGCCACAAGGACACGCUGAGGACGGUGCUGAUCAGCAGUGGGCUGCUGUUUACCGGGUGCUGGAAUAAUGUGAUGCGCUUUAUGAAGGAGCAUCUGCAGCUCGAGUCGCUCGAGGUGUGGGAUCUGUUUUAUAAGCAUGGCGAGAGCGGCGAGUAUAGGAGCUAUAGCCAUGCCGAGUCGCAGAUGAUGGUCAAGUAUGUCAGGGAGGGGGGCAAGUGUCUGCCGGAUCAGCCGGCGGAGGAGGAGGAGGGGGCGAGUGUAUGA